AUGCCGCAGAACGAGUAUAUCGAGCGCUUUCAAAAGCAGCACGGUCGUCGCCUCGACCAUGAAGAGCGCACCCGGAAACGAGCCGCACGAGAGGCCCAUCAUGCCUCAGAAAAGGCGCAGAACCUGCGUGGUCUGCGUGCAAAGCUUUACCAGCAGAAGCGACACAAGGAGAAGAUCCAGAUGAAGAAGGCCAUCAAACAGCAAGAGGAGAAGAACGUCAAGUCUGCAGAGCCCGCCCAACCUUCGAGCACUCCACUUCCCAGCUAUUUGCUUGACCGCAGCAACACUACAAACGCCAAGGCACUCAGUUCUGCAAUCAAGAACAAGCGAGCUGAGAAAGCUGCCAAGUUCAGUGUACCGCUCCCGAAAGUGCGUGGUAUCAGUGAGGCGGAGAUGUUCAAGGUCGUCAAGACUGGAAAGAAGACUGCCAAGAAGAGUUGGAAGCGUAUGAUCACCAAGCCUACAUUUGUCGGCCCUGACUUCACCCGGCGGCCAGUCAAGUACGAGCGCUUCAUUCGCCCCAUGGGUCUUCGAUACAAGAAGGCAAAUGUGACACAUCCGGAGCUGGGAGUUACGGUCCAACUGCCGAUCAUCAGCGUCAAGAAGAACCCGCAGAAUCCCAUGUACACGCAGUUGGGUGUUCUUACCAAGGGAACGAUCGUUGAGGUAAAUGUGAGCGAGCUUGGUCUGGUCACAGCAGGUGGGAAAGUUGUCUGGGGUCGCUGGGCCCAGAUCGCCAACAACCCGGAGAAUGAUGGCUGCGUGAAUGCUGUCCUUCUGGUGUAA